UAGAACGCCAGCUCUCACCAGUUGAAGUUGCGAGGGGUAGCGUGUAUUACGCAGCGUGCUGCAAUAACGCUUUGAAGCAUCUCAGGAAAAUUACGGGAGGACGCCUAGUAUGUGAAUUUUCUCUCUUGCUGAUGCUGAUUUGAUAUUGCUACUUUUUCUGGCACUGAUUCUAGCAGCUUCAGUUGCUACUUCCUAAUCCGAAUGGUACUCACUUGCAUAAAAGUUAGAGCGCUAGUGCUUAUCUCUACUCGGGUUGCCGAGGGGUUGGGUCGUUCUUCAUUUCGCAUCCUCUAAUGAGAAGACGGUGCAGCAGAGGAAAGAUUACCUUCAAAGAAUCAUGCAGUUUUUGAUUACGUGGGAAAAUAGCAAAAAAGUGGGGUUCCAGCCGGUCGCGCAGAUGGCUGCCUCAGGCACGAGUGGAGGCAAAGUCGGAGCAGCGGCGAGUAGCCAAACAAGCAACAGAAUCGGCCAAGGCCAACAACGUCAACUACAGCAGAGUGGGAAAGGAGCAGUCGCGCCAGCGAUGAGUUCACCCGAACGCCCACGCACUGCGCCGGUACUCAUUAUAAUACUUAAACUCUUAAUGCUACAUAAGUAGAAGUACGGCCGUCCUCUCUCUCUGACUCUCCCUUUUCUUCUUGGAGAUAGAGCCCAGUCCGAGUCCUACUCAAGUACUUAUAGUUAUCUUAUGUGAACGUGAGUUCAUAGUCUGUCGUGAUCAAGUAGCGUUUUUGUUGUACCUAAUAGAAGAGCGCUUUCAUAUUUAGAACUCCCUCUCAUCUUCGAUCUCCAAACAAACAGGUGGAGGCGAAAGGCUCGGCUACCGCUGGCACUACGGCACCUGAUGGCCCUGGUGGUUCAAGAGUGGGAGCGUUGACUGGGAAAGGAUCUAGUAGCAC